AUGGCAGCUCCUGGAGUGGACUCAAAAUCAGAAGCUACUGACGUCGAGCUGGAACCUGGGAGUAACAACCACCAUGGCUCUGCACCUCAGAUCUCUGUGAUUGAGAGUACUCCAGAUAGAGACAGGAAGCUUUUUUUGACACCGGGCAACCAAUUACAGGUUCCUUCUCAGCGUGACGACUCCAAUUCCAUAAAGGCAGAAUCAGCAGAAGAACAACAGAAGUUCAUGAAUAUGAUCUCCCAUGGCCAGCGUGGACGCAUGGACGACCAGCGCUGCUCCUUGGAUCCUAGCAGGAGCGCCCCCUGUUCACCUAAACAUACAGACAAACAGCCAGCCGCGAGUACAUUAAACACAGAUCCUGAUGCGUUGUUCAACCUCUUGGCGAACACUCAGAGCCGACGGCUUGACGACCAGCGAGUGUCUCUUCCAUCCUUACCAGGA